CCAUCAUGGCGGCACAUGUGAAUGAAGUUGUUCUUCCAGGUGAUAUUUUACAAGAAUUAAGUGAUUCCGAGCAAUAUCCCAAACUUAGACUGGGUCCAGGUCUUAGGAUAGAUGUAGAUAAUGUGGUUGUAUGCAAAUGCGGCAUUCUGAGGUUUAGAGAACCGAGUGUGUUCUGGGUAGACACACACCAGAAACGGUAUGUUCCAGUUAAAGGGGAGAAUAUUCUGGGAAUUGUGAUAUCCAAAGCCGGUGAUGUAUUCAAAGUUGAUAUCGGCAGUAGUGAAAUGGCCACUUUGUCAUAUCUUGCGUUUGAAGGAGCAACUAAGCGUAACCGACCGAAUGUACAGAUUGGUGAUUUGAUAUAUGGUAAAUUAUUGGUAGCUAAUAAAGACAUGGAACCUGAGAUAGUGUGUAUUGAUAGUACUGGUAGAAGUAGUGGACUCGGUGUAAUAUCAGGAGGUUUCAUGUUUAAAUGUUCACUGGGACUUGUCAGAAAAAUUGUAUCUCCGGACUGUCAGUUGAUGAAGCUACUUGGCAAGCACAUGCCGUACGAGACUGCUGUCGGAUUAAAUGGAAGAAUAUGGAUAAAAGCAAAGACGUUAUCACAUACGAUUGCAAUAUCUAAUGCUGUGUGUUGUGCCGAAUACAUGUCUAAGAAACAAACUGAAGUGAUGGUUAAACAAAUUGUCAGUUCACAAUGGACGUGAGAAUUGCUCAAUAAAAGAACUUUUACACUGUUGAUGAUUUUUUAACUUUGCCUGUCAGAUUUUAUUAUUUUUUAAAAAAAGAUUAUUACAGAUACUAUCGGGAAAGUGGCAAUCCUGUGAAUGUUGUCAUCUUUUUUUAUUCGCAUGAUAUCACACUUGUAGGAUAAUGGACUAAUUGAAUUAAACUUAUUUCAGACAUGCUCUUUGAUAAUCCAUACCUUUGCAUUUAGUUCGAAAACUGGGUUUAUAGUUUUAUCUCUUCAUGUGUGCCUCCACAUCUGUAUCUCUGACAUGCUUGAACCGAUUGCAUUCAAACUUCACAAACACUUCAUACAUCAUGUCACUUAUUUACAUAUCCGUCUGUUUCACCAUCAAAUUCAAGAUGGCCAGCUAAUACAACAUGAAAAUUACCGAUCAAGAUCUUAGUUGUGCAUAGUAAAAUUUCAUUCAAACAUGGACCAUAAUGGAACCUUGAUGACACCAUUUUGUUAAAUUUUUGCCUUCAAUACCCUCAACAUACUAGUACUUGGGUUCCUUCUAAGCUUCCGACUUAGAGAGAAAUGUGUCAAUCCUAGAGACUGUCUUAUUUGUGUGUCUUGACUGAUCAUUUUUACGAGAUAAAUUUUGAUGUGUAAUAUUUGUUUUUAUGACAGGGUUACAAAGAGAACACAAGAUAUUCAGAAUUUUAAUUCAAUUGCAAAUGAAUAAAAAACAUACCAUAUUAA